AAUCGGUGUACUUUAGUCGAGAUACGAACACGCACCGCACAGGAUCUCGAGAGAAGGCGCUACCCCAGGGGAAGCGUAGACGCACGCAAUUGAGCAUUAGGUCGUGAUUACGGCAGGGACGGUUGGGUGUGUGCGCACUUUGUGUUGAGUUCGAGCGCGGUAAAAGGGUCCGCCGAAGGGCACUGCCAACGAGUAGUAACAUUAGCAUGCGUUCUAGAUAGGUGGUGAUGCUUGCUUGGUAGUGGCCCAGUGCUCUAGAUUUCCUGUGCGAUGUAAAGCACUUGCACUAGUGGCGUGGUGUGUCUGUUACUAUUGUCAAACGGUUUGUGAUCGAGUUUGCGAACACAAGGAGAGAUUUUCGGUUGGGAAAACGUGUCUGUAGGCUCUGAAGGCUCCGAAGUCAUGAUGUCACCGGAGAGCAAUGGGGAGCAGGAGCUGGGAUCGGUUUAUCCGGUGGGCGGUGUCAAGUCGUCUCCGUCGUCCGUCAUCCAAAGGAUACGGUUUGCCAGUGUGGACGAGGAUGCAACAAGCCACGGUUCGAGCGAGAUGGGCAAAGUGCUGAACUACAGUGGCAGUGCAUGCGCAAAGUUCGAAGAGGACGAGUAUGACGGGGUGACGGCGCUCGAGUGUACGGCCGGAAGUGAUCGAAGCAGUAGCAGCUGCACCACCGUCAUGUACGGUGGGGUCGGUGACAGUGGCAGCAAGUGUGGCGAUUCGAUCGACAACAACAAUAGUCCACUGAGUGGUAACAACAACAACAACAACAAUCGGAACGUUAGUGAUGCAAGUGGCAGUGUUGGUGGUGGCGCAAUCAUUCACAACAAUAACAACUCGCUCAAGACUCGGUUGGGCGAGAUGGACGAGGCAAAGUUUAGUGAGUUUAGCAAGUUCCUGGCGGACAGCGAGAAGGACGAAAGUAUGGCGACCAUCCUGGAGCUGUUGCACGAUAAUUAUGGGCUCAUUCAACGAUACGCUUCCGGUUACGAGUGCAAACACGACAAGUGUCAGUACGAGAACCUGCACGAACACUUCCACUGCCACGACACGUUCUGCCGGGGGAAGGUGCUGUACAAGAAGUACGAGAUCAUACGCCAUCUAAAGUGGCACAAGAAGAGAAAGGAAUCGCUCAAGUACGGGUUCUACCGCUUCUCGUCGUCGGACGACUGUAGUAUACAGUAUGGGGCGUGCCAGCAUAACCACAAGCACACGCACUACCACUGCGUGCACGAGAACUGUGAUAAGGUGUACAUUAGCACGAGCGACGUCCAGAUGCAUGCCAACUACCACCGGAAGCACGAGGCGAUCGUGAAGAAUGGGUUCCAACGGUUUCGGGCGACGGAAGACUGCAACACAGACUACUGUGCGUUCCGUACGCAGCGGACGACCCAUUUCCACUGCCGGCGGGAGAACUGCAAAUAUACCUUCAAAAACAAAGCCGAUAUGGAAAAACACAAAACGUACCACCUGAAGGAUGAGAUGCUGCUCAAGGAUGGUUACAAAAAGUUCCUUAAAACGGAGGACUGUACCUACAAGGACUGUCGGUUUUCGCGCGUGUGCAAUCACAUUCACUGUAUGCACGAAAACUGCCACUACGUGCUGCAUUCGAGCGGGCAGCUGCUCAGUCACAAGCGCAAGCACGAGCGUAUGGACACGGAGGUGGACUACAGGCGGUAUCAGAUGGCACGCAAUCUGCUUUCCAAGUUUAACCAAAGCAAAGCGGACGAUGGUGCCAGAUCGGGUGGAGAGCAGUCAUCGACGGAAGUGCCGGAAGUGCGAUCACCAGCAAGGGAAGAAGUGACAGCACGGUUAUCACCGGAACCUGCGGGGAGAUGUCAGGAAGCAGUGGUUAAAAACCCUUUUCUGGAUUUGCUCUCGGUGAUGGCUGAGAUUACGUUCCGUACGUUACCACUUCAGAUGAUGUAUCAGAUGCGAUUGCAGAUGCUACAGCAAAUGAGCUACGAGCAGAUCUUCGCGUCAGAAAACGUAGAAAUGCUACGAAAUCUUUCGAUGAUGGGCAACAUUGAAGAGGCUUACCUGCAUCAAAUUUACGGCGGUGUUAUGGGUGUACCAGUGGUGGAUUUCGCCAACAGUCAGCUACCAACUGCUGCCCAAAGCAGUGGACAUGAUAAGCCACCGCCAGCGAAACGGAAAUACAAGCCUCAGGAAGCGGCAGAUCACGUAGAAUCACCGGCGGAAGUUCCGAUGUACCUGAAGAGGGAAGCACUUAGCAGCACACCGCCACGUUCGAAACUUCUGUCCAAUCCUACCGUUGACUAUCGGUUGCUCAAAAAGGAUGACUCUGUGCCACCGCAAACCUCGGCAACCACAACGAACGGGAAGCCAUCCAGCUCGAUCGAUACGAUAGUAGGCGGUGCGGCAGAUCGUGAUCGUGCGCUGCUAGAGACGGCCAAUUUCCUGCAGUUCAGCUCGAGCAAAACGCUAUUCAAUCGUAAGCGUGGACGUCCCCGGAAGAACCACGUCAUGGAGGUGUACAAUAACGUACAAGACUCGCCGCAAGCCAUCUUCACUAGCUUCAAGCUGGAAAAGAGUGAUACCAGAGCUACGGUUCCAGCGGAAGCACAGGCUCACGGUGUGCCUGGUACGACGGUUGCCGAGACGGAACGCAAUGGAGUGCUGGAGACGGGUCGGACUGGUUCUUCUGCCGGUGGAAUUGCUACUAAAACUCAUCCUCAACCGUAUGUCGGAGCAGGUGGAUCCAGCUUCUUGGGAGCGGCGCAUCUGAGCGGGCUAGAUUCGGCAUCAAUCUUUGGCAACUUUUCCCAACUGCUGGAGCGUCAUAUGCGGGAGGUUAACCAGGAACCUUCCACGAUGCAGAACGCUGAACUAAACCCACCGGAGAAGUCUCGCAAUCACCUAAAGUGCGUCGUCUGCCAGAAGCUGUUCGAAACGUUCGCGGACAUCAAGAACCACGAAUGUCGCGGUGAUCGUGCCGCGCUGGAGAAACCUUUGCUCGCGUUUCCGCCAGCACUUCACACCGGUCAGCCAGCAUUGUUGGAUUACCGUAGUCAGGGCGCUUUUCCCGGCCCGGAACCACCACCGGAAGGUUCUUCGUCAUCAGCUCGCAUGGGAGGUGUUGGACCCUCAGCCACACAACAGUCGCGCGAUUCCGUAUCGCUGGUCAAAACGGCCGGGACCUUCUUUCCGGAUGUAAAUGCAAACAAACUGAAGUACGCGUAAAGUGUGCUUGUGAGUUGGUGCGUAUAUGUGUACGCUUUGUAACGGAGCUGUUAGCUUUGAGGCUUACUGAGGUAUUGUUGUUGUAUAUAGCAAGCUUGGAGCUUGGUUAACCGUGUAGCCUUGUAACAUACUGUGUCAUAAAACGAAGAUAUACCGUACACGGGAGAAAAAGACCAUAGUCAGCCAUAGAGGAAACACUCAAGUGCUCUGUACUGAAAAAAGUAUACCAUAUUAAGGUUAUGUAGUGUAGAUAUUCCAAAUGUGACUGAAAGUAGACAAAAUGACAGGCCAUGUGAGUGCUAUUGAGUAUUGUUUAGAGAAGGAACGUUUUUUUUGUGUGUUGCUGUCGGUAGAGUAUAUAGAUCGGAUAAUAAAUAUUUAAAAUGACGAAAGAUAACACAA